ACAUUCUCACAAUGCAUCAUCAAUCAUAUACCAAUUACACAACCAAACAUUGCUAGCUAAAGAAACAACAUGAAGUUCCACUACCUAUCAUUGUUCCUUCUUGUGAUCAUCUUAGAGCUAAGCACCAAUGUCUAUGGUCUCAUGCCUAAAAGAUCAUUGAAGCCCUUAUUACCACCUCCUGAAGCCUUGCUUUCCAUUGGUCACUAUCAUUCAACAUGUCCAGAUGCUGAAGGCAUUAUCUCACAAAAAGUUUUUGCUUGGGUUAAGAAGGACCCCACCUUGGCACCAUCCAUCAUCCGCUUGCAUUUUCAUGACUGUGCCGUUAGAGGAUGUGAUGGAUCAAUUUUACUUAACCAUGUGGGAAGUGAGAGAACUGCUUUUGCGAGUAAAACCUUGAGAGGGUUCCAAUUGAUUGAUGAAAUCAAAGCUGAACUAGAGAGAAGGUGUCCAAGAACAGUGUCAUGUGCUGACAUUCUCACUGCUGCUACAAGAGAUGCAACCAUUUUAGCAGGAGGACCAUUUUGGGAAGUUCCAUUCGGCCGAAAAGACGGCAAGAUUUCAAUAGCCAAAGAAGCCAAUUUGGUUCCACAAGGACAUGAAAAUAUCACAGGUUUGAUUGGAUUUUUUCAAGAAAGAGGACUUGACAUGCUUGAUUUGGUUACUCUCUCAGGUUCACACACAAUUGGGAGAAGCACUUGUUAUUCUGUUAUGAAUAGGAUUUACAAUUUCAAUGGAACUGGUAAACCUGACCCAUCACUUAACAUCUAUUACUUGAAGAUGUUAAGGAAAAGAUGUAAAAAGGAUUUGGAUUUGGUUCACCUUGAUGUUAUAACACCAAGGACUUUUGACACAACCUAUUACACAAACCUUAAGAGGAAGGCUGGAUUGUUGUCAACAGAUCAAUUGUUGUUUUCAGAUAAAAGAACAUCUCCUUUUGUGGAUUUAUUUGCAACACAACCUUUUGUUUUUACAAGUCAGUUUGCUGUGUCAAUGGUGAAGCUUGGGAAUGUUCAAGUUUUGACCAGGCCUAAUGAAGGUGAGAUCAGAGUGAAUUGCAAUUAUGUCAAUCGUGUUUAAUUGAUUUGUUUUAUUUCAUGUGUUGUUUAUUUCAUUGUUACAAUGUUGUACUUGAGUUUUGUAAAGUUACAUUUGUUGUAUACCUUUAAGAGGUGCAGGAUUGAAUACUUAUAAUAAUAAUAAUAAUUGAGGAUCAUUUUGUAUCAAAUAUCAUUAACAUAAAGGGAAGAGACCUAACUUCUGAUUUAA